UAAAUAGUCAGCACCACUGUCACAAUGGUAGGAAUACAAUUAUUUCAGUAGCGUUAUUACGAAAAAUGGACUAUGUUCCCGAAGAAUAUCAAGAAGGAUUGGAUAGGUAUUUCCACAUGUACGCUGAUCCGGACACCGGACUUAUAAAUGCCGAGGGGUUCCGAUCCGUUUUGCAGUGUCUUCGUCUAUGUCCUUCGGAAGCAUUUGUCAACAGAGUUUUCAAAGACCACGAUAAGGAUCCAUCAAAAUCGUACAUUACUAAAGACGAGUUCAUUACAAUGAUGAAGGGAAAUUGGAACUCCAGAGAAGAAAUCUACAGCCAAUUAGUUAACGCGAUUCAAGAGCUGUAUGGGACAGAUGGCGGGAACUCUGUGGACAAUGUCCAGAUAUCUGUAACUGACCUAAUCAGCACACUGACCACUGCGGGGGAGGAGCCCCUUAGUCAAGAGGAGGCAUCCAUUGUGACGACGGAGCUCGGAAAACUAGACCCCGGCGGCGUCGGAAAAAUAAAUGGCAGGGAAUUAAUAGAAUUUCUGCACGGUGUUUCUAAAGAGAGGACAUCCUUAGAUAGAAGAGGCACCAUUGAACAAGAGGGACCGGAAUCCUGAUAUAUACAGCGACCACGCCCUGAUAUAUAUAGUGACCACGCCCUGGUUUCGAUAUCGAUGUUUAACCUUGGUCAACCUAAAGUUUCAACACGCACCCGUUUUCUUUUUCAUAGAUUUAUUUUUUAUUUCUUUUAUUUUCGAUGUGUCAUUUUUUUUUGUCAUGUAACUUGAUAAACUAUGGAUCCUCUUUUUUUCUGCAAUUCACACAAAAAUUUGACAAAUGUUUAUUAUUUUCCAUAUUUUAUCCCAGACAAACAAAAUAUCAUUCACUCUCGAUAAAUGUUAGCUCUUGAUGCGCUUUAGAUUAACAUUUUUAUAUAAGUAAAAUAUUUGAAAGCAUGCUUUUAUAUUAAGUUUAAAUUGUAUUUAAAAGAAACAAACAAACAGCGACAAUAAUAGAAGAAAACCAUUUCAAAAAACUUGUAUUUAAUACGAUUAGAUAAAUGCUGCACGGUAGUCAAUACAAAUAUCAAUGAAUUUUAUAUGAGUAGACAUAUAAAAAAAAAAUUUAUGUAUCGCAAUUUGAUGAUUAAAGGUUAUGCUGAUCUUUUCAAUGUAAACGUAUUGUGUACAGACGCAUGCGUUUGACUCCAUACGUUAAUUUAUAUGAUUAAAAGAAAUCCCCAAAAAUGCAGAAUCCCGCUUUGUACGAAGAAGAUCAUGCACUCUCUAACACAUGAAGACUACCGAAACAUACAUUGAAAAAACCCAAUCCAAACUACGAUUUUCAAGAUACAUGUAUACAAACAUGUUAGCUUUUCAGGUUUC